AUGGGUACUGGGAAAAAAGAAAAGCAGAGAAGAAUUCGUGAAGGUGAUACUAAGGAUGGAAAUCUUCGAGUAAAGGGCGAAAAUUUCUAUCGAGAUGGGAAGCGGGUUCAAUUUUUGAAUAUGUAUAAAGGGGGGAAAUCUACUAGGAACAAGAAAGGUGAUAUCAUCAAAGCAGCUCCUUUACAAGAUGCUGCCAUUCCAACAGCUAGAGUUCAACCUGAUCGUCGUUGGUUCGGUAACACAAGAGUUAUAUCUCAGGAUGCGCUGCAACACUUCAGAGACGCCUUAGGAGAGACUCAACAUGAUUCCUAUCAAGUUCUUCUCAGGCGUAAUAAGCUUCCAAUGUCUCUAUUGGAAGAGAAAGAUACCCAAGAAUCGCCAACUGCUAAAAUAUUGGAAACGGAGACGUUCGAACAUACAUUUGGGCCGAAAUCUCAGCGCAAAAAGCCUAGAGUUGCCGCUUCAAGCCUUGAAGACCUUGCUGAGAUAACAGAGAAAGAUAAUCAAACUUUUGAGGAGAAAGAAGACCUUAAGUCUACUUUGGGAUUAAUGGGUAAGACUGAAGAUGAGGAAGAGGGUUGGUCUCAGACAGCCAAGGAGGCUAUCUUUAGCAAAGGUCAGUCCAAACGUAUUUGGAAUGAGCUUUAUAAAGUAAUUGAUUCUUCAGAUGUGGUAAUUCAUGUCUUAGAUGCUAGAGACCCUUUGGGGACCAGGUGUACUUCCGUCGAGGAGUACAUGAGAAAGGAGACUCCACACAAACAUCUGAUAUUUGUGUUGAAUAAAUGUGAUUUAGUGCCAACAUGGGUUGCAGCCGCUUGGGUUAAGCAUUUGUCUAAAGAGCGUCCAACUCUUGCGUUUCACGCUUCAAUUACAAAUUCAUUUGGAAAGGGUUCUCUGAUCCAGCUAUUACGUCAAUUUUCACAGCUUCACAAAGACAGGCAACAAAUUUCGGUAGGCUUUAUAGGUUAUCCAAAUACCGGAAAGUCUUCAAUCAUUAACACCCUAAGGAAGAAGAAAGUUUGUCAGGUGGCUCCUAUACCCGGUGAGACAAAGGUGUGGCAAUACAUUACUCUUAUGAAAAGAAUCUUUCUAAUAGACUGUCCAGGUAUUGUACCCCCUUCAUCAAAAGACUCUGAGGAAGAUAUUCUGUUUAGAGGGGUCGUAAGAGUUGAGCAUGUUUCAAAUCCUGAGCAGUAUAUACCAGCAGUUCUUAAGAGAUGCCAAAGAAAGCAUUUGGAAAGAACGUACGAAAUAUCGGGCUGGAGCAAUGCUGCGGAGUUUAUUGAACUACUAGCUCGUAAACAGGGAAGACUUCUGAAGGGAGGAGAACCUGAUGAGAGUGGAGUUUCAAAGCAGAUUUUAAAUGACUUCAAUAGAGGAAAAAUACCUUGGUUCCUCUCCCCUCCAGAAAAGUUGGAAGAAAAGGACGAUGAUGUUAAGAAGAGUGCUCAAAAGCGGCAAGCUACUGACUUUGGAGGAGAACCACAUGCAACCAAAAGGGGAAAAUCUCUAACACAAGAAUGA